GUGCUGACCAAGCGUAUAAUCCCCUGCCUCGACGUCGACGCCGGACGUGUCGUCAAGGGCAUCAGCUUCGUGGAACUCAGGGACGCCGGCGACCCAGCCGAGCUCGCUUCCGUUUACGACCGGGAGGGCGGCGAUGAGCUGGUCUUUCUCGACAUCACCGCCAGUUCGGACUCCCGCGACACCAUGGUCGAUGUCGUUCAGCGUGUCUCCGAAGAGGUCUUCAUCCCCCUGACCGUUGGCGGAGGCAUCCGGACCGUGGAGGACAUCCGCAGAAUGCUCAAGGCGGGAGCCGACAAGGUCUCGCUGAACACCGCUGCGGUCAACAACCCUCCCCUCAUCUCCGAGGGCGCCUUCCAGUUCGGCAAUCAGUGCAUCGUCGUCGCCAUCGAUGCCAAGAGGGUGGACCCCGGCAUCCCGCGACCGGACGGCCCCCUUGCUGACGACCGGAGCCUGGCCCUGGACGGCAACUCACGUUGGGAGGUCUUCACCCGCGGCGGCCGGACCCCCACCGGAAUCGAUGCCGUCAAGUGGGCAAUGCGCGCGGUGGAGCUGGGCUCCGGGGAAAUACUCCUCACCAGCAUGGACGAGGACGGCCAGAAAAGAGGUUACGACUUGGAACUGACCCGGGCCGUGUCCCAAGCCACACCGGUACCGGUAAUCGCCAGUGGCGGCGCCGGAAACCUAGAGCAUCUCUACGAGGCCCUCGAAGCAGGCGAAGCCGACGCAGUUCUCGCCGCCAGCAUCUUCCACUUCGGCGAAUACUCCAUCGGCGAAGCCAAGGACUACCUGAACGCGCGCGGAAUCCCGGUUCGCCCCGGAGUUUGA